GCGGAGGCGGUGGCGGGAUGGGGCUGCUGCUCAUGAUCCUGGCGUCGGCCGUGCUGGGUUCCUUUCUCACGCUCCUCGCCCAGUUCCUCCUGCUGUACCGUAGACAGCCCGAGCCGCCGCCGGACGAGGUCGCCGGCGCGGGCGAGGGCUUCCGCUACAUCAAGCCGGUGCCGGGCCUGCCCCUGAGGGAGUACCUUUAUGGCGGCGGCCGGGACGAGGAGCCCUCCGGGGCGGCCUCUGAGGGCGGCGCGACCACCGCGGCCCCCGAAGCCCCCGCCCCGCCGGCGCGGGAGACUUGCUACUUCCUCAACGCCACCAUCCUAUUCCUGUUCCGGGAGUUGCGGGACACCGCGCUGACCCGCCGCUGGGUCACCAAGAAGAUCAAGGUGGAGUUCGAGGAGCUGCUGCAGACCAAGACGGCCGGGCGCCUGCUGGAGGGGCUGAGCCUGCGGGACGUGUUCCUGGGCGAGACGGUGCCCUUCAUCAAGACUAUCCGGCUCGUCCGGCCCGUCGUGCCCUCGGCCACCGGGGAGCCCGACGGCCCCGAGGGGGAGGCGCUGCCCGCCGCCUGCCCCGAGGAGCUGGCCUUCGAGGCGGAGGUGGAGUACAACGGGGGCUUCCACCUGGCCAUCGACGUGGACCUGGUCUUCGGCAAGUCCGCCUACCUGUUCGUCAAGCUGUCCCGCGUGGUGGGGAGGCUGCGCUUGGUCUUCACGCGCGUGCCCUUCACCCACUGGUUCUUCUCCUUCGUGGAAGACCCGCUGAUCGACUUCGAGGUGCGCUCCCAGUUUGAAGGGCGGCCCAUGCCGCAGCUCACCUCCAUCAUCGUCAACCAGCUGAAGAAGAUCAUCAAGCGCAAGCACACCCUGCCCAGUUACAAGAUCAGGUUUAAGCCGUUUUUUCCAUACCAAACCUUGCAAGGAUUUGAAGAAGAUGAAGAGCAUAUCCAUAUACAACAAUGGGCACUUACUGAAGGCCGUCUUAAAGUUACGUUGUUAGAGUGUGGCAGGUUACUUAUUUUUGGAUCCUAUGACAGAGAGGCAAAUGUUCACUGCACACUUGAAUUAAGCAGUAGUGUUUGGGAAGAAAAACAAAGGAGUUCUAUUAAGACGGUUGAAUUAAUAAAAGGGAAUUUACAAAGCGUUGGACUUACACUUCGUCUUGUCCAGUCAACUGAUGGGUAUGCUGGGCACGUCAUCAUUGAAACUGUGGCACCAAACUCACCUGCUGCAAUUGCAGAUCUUCAGCGGGGAGAUCGACUUAUCGCCAUUGGAGGUGUGAAAAUCACAUCGACACUGCAAGUGUUGAAGCUUAUCAAGCAGGCUGGUGACCGAGUCCUGGUGUACUAUGAAAGGCCUGUUGGCCAGAGUAAUCAAGGUGCAGUGCUGCAAGAUAACUUUGGCCAGUUGGAAGAAAACUUUUUGUCAAGCUCAUGCCAACCAGGUUAUGAAGAGGAAGCUGCCGGGUUGACAGUAGAUGCUGAAAGUAGAGAGCUGGAUUCUGAAUUUGAAGACUUGGCAAGUGAUGUCAGAGCACAAAGUGAGUUAAAAGAUGAGGCACAAUCAUUAAGUCAUAGUCCCAAACGUACUCCAACAACACUUUCUAUUAAACCCCUUGGAGCUAUAUCACCAGUUUUAAACCGUAAAUUAGCUAUAGGAAGUCACCCACUACCACCAAAAAUUCAACCCAAAGAUGGAAAUAAACCUCCACCCCUAAAAACUUCUGAGAUUACAGACCCAGCACAAGUGUCAAAACCCACCCAAGGAUCCACUUUCAAACCACCUGUGCCACCACGACCACAAGUGAAAGUUCCUUUGCCUUCCGCUGAUGCUCCAAAUCAGGCAGAACCAGAUGUUCUUGUUGAAAAGCCAGAGAAGGUGCCGCUGCCUCCUCCUGUAGAUAAAUCUGAAAAGCAAGCAAAAAAUGUGGAUCCCAUAGAUGAUACAGCUGCAUCUAAGCAGUUUUUAGCAAAGCAAGAAGUGGCCAAAGAUGUCACUUCAGAAACUUCCUGCCCUACUAAGGAUAGUUUGGAUGACCGUCAAACAUGGGAAUCAUCAGAAAUUCUUUAUCGUAAUAAGCUGGGAAAAUGGACAAGAACCAGAGCAUCCUGUUUGUUUGACAUAGAAGCCUGCCACAGGUACUUAAACAUUGCAUUGUGGUGCAGGGAUCCUUUUAAGUUGGGAGGUCUCAUCUGUUUGGGACAUGUUAGUUUAAAACUUGAAGAUGUGGCUUUAGGAUGCCUAGCUACAUCAAACAUGGAAUACCUUUCCAAAUUCAGACUGGAAGCCCCUUCACCUAAAGCUAUAGUCACUAGAACUGCACUGCGCAAUCUGAGUAUGCAAAAGGGAUUCAAUGACAAAUUUUGCUAUGGUGACAUUACUAUUCACUUCAAAUAUUUGAAAGAAGGAGAAUCAGACCACCCUGUAGUUACUAACAUAGAGAAAGAAAAAGAACCCCAUUUGGUUGAAGAAGUUUCUGCUCUCCCUAAAGAGGAACAAUUUGUUGGACAGAUGGGUUUAACAGAAAACAAACACAGUUUCCAGGAUACUCAGUUCCAGAACCCAACGUGGUGUGACUACUGUAAGAAGAAAGUUUGGACUAAAGCAGCUUCCCAGUGUAUGUUUUGUGCUUACGUUUGCCAUAAAAAAUGUCAAGAAAAGUGUCUAGCUGAGACUUCUGUUUGUGGAGCAACUGAUAGGCGAAUAGACAGGACCCUGAAAAACCUCAGGCUAGAAGGCCAGGAAACCCUCUUAGGCCUGCCUCCUCGUGUUGAUGCCGAAGCUAGCAAGUCGGUCAAUAAGACAACAGGUUUGACAAGGCAUAUUAUCAAUACUAGUUCUCGUUUAUUAAAUUUGCGUCAAGUCUCUAAAACUCGCCUUUCUGAACCAGGAACUGAUCUCGUGGAACCUUCACCAAAACACACACCCAAUACAUCAGACAACGAAGGCAGUGACACAGAGGUCUGUGGUCCAAAUAGUCCUUCUAAACGGGGAAACAACACAGGAAUAAAGUUAGUGAGAAAAGAGGGUGGUCUGGAUGACAGUGUGUUCAUUGCAGUUAAGGAAAUUGGUCGUGAUCUGUACAGGGGCUUGCCUACAGAAGAAAGGAUCCAGAAACUAGAGUUCAUGUUGGAUAAGCUACAGAAUGAAAUUGAUCAGGAGUUGGAACACAAUAAUUCCCUUGUUAGAGAAGAAAAAGAGACAACUGAUACAAGGAAAAAAUCACUUCUUUCUGCUGCCUUAGCUAAAUCAGGUGAAAGGCUACAAGCUCUAACCCUUCUUAUGAUCCACUACAGAGCAGGCAUUGAAGAUAUGGAAACUUUAGAAAGUCUGUCUUUAGACCAGCACUCCAAAAAAAUAAGCAAGUACACAGAUGAUACAGAAGAAGACCUUGAUAAUGAAAUAAGCCAACUAAUAGACUCUCAGCCAUUCAGCAGCAUAUCAGAUGACUUAUUUGGCCCGUCCGAGUCUGUGUAACAGACAGGUCUAUUUAAACUUUCAAAUGAAUGGGGUAAAGUUGCAUCUAAAGUACCACAGAUACAACCAUGUUUAAAUCCUCUUAUGCACUUUGGCCUGCUUCUCCAGUUACUUGCUUGUGUAAGAACAGAAAGGAAAGGUUGUUUUCCGGUUAAAAACAUGAGCAGCUUACUAAAUGGUUGUUUGGGAUUGCAUUUAUAGCUAUGCUUUUUGGGUUUAUACUGGGAAUUUAUUUUUACUAAUUUAUUUUUAACUUUUCUAAUUAUGUAAUUAUGUAAGCUAACUUUUCAUGUUUAUGUAUAUAUGGUGUCCCCUUGUGUUAUUUUCCUUCCUCUUGGUUUUUGAAUUAGUGUUAAAUAGCAUACCUACUGUCUAGAUUCUUGAAAUAUUUUCAUUUCCAUCAUGGUUAUUACAAAUUUGCUGCAUGCCCAAAUUGACAAUAACAAUCAUUGAGGGAACAGGUUUUGAAGCUUUCUUUUGUGUUAUGAAGUUUAUCGUCUCUACUUGCUUGAGAUUUUUGUUAUUUUGAGGCUUUGGGGCUACUUUUUGUUUUGUUUUUGCCAAAUGUAUCAUGAAAGCAGAUGCUGCAGCUUUAGUCUGUUGUGCUGAUUAAGUAAAAAAAAAAAAAAAAAAAUUUUUUUUUACAUAUAUUGCUUGCUUUUGAUACUUCUAUGAAAUUUUUUUCUAAAGCUUUUGUGCAGCUGAAGUAUGGUAAAAAAUAUGGUGAUUAAUUUGAAGAACUUACGUUGAAAGACUGUAAUAGGAAAUAAAUGUAGAAUGCAGUUAGUCAAGAAUUUUGUAGAGAGGAUAACAAGACUUACUGAAAACAGUAAUGUAGCAUUUUGAAAUAUAAAUUAAAAUAUUGAUGCUUUCCUUUUAAAUAGAAAUUUUAAAUUUAUGAUUAAAAGUUUAAACAUUUAUGAUUAUUUUUCAUCAGUUCUCCCAUAGGAAAUAAAGUGUGUGAAAGGGUAAAGUUUUGGAGGACUCUUUAAAAUUACUGUGUUGGUAACUAGUUUUGGCUGGUUUUGUUUUAGAAACAUUUUCAUGUAGAAGUAUUCUGUGAAGGAGAGGAAUCAUGGAAAAUGUAUUUAUUGCUUUAUCUGACAUCUUACAGGCAUAAAGAAAUGGUAAUCAUUUUGAAUACUUCUGUAGUUCAGACUAUCUUCAUUAAGAAAAGAAAGACAAAAAUAGACAGUAUACAUACAUAGGAAUUGGGACCAGUUCUCUGAAAAUGAAGAUCUACUCACACUGGAUCCGUUUUACGGAUCCCGGUAACCCUGACUGAGGGAAAACACGUAAGCUUGACUGCUCUUGGGGUACCUUAAUAGUUUUCAGUCUGUUGUAUACCUAUAAAAUAGACAAGCAUAUGUUUUUCCCUUGUGUCGGUAACUGCUAUGAUAAUUGCUAUAUAGUGAAACUGACAUGAAUUUAAAACUAGAUGGAGCAGCUUUUAUUGCUAGCAGGGAAAAGCAUAAUAUUACGGAUUGUGGCCCAGGUCUGGAGUCCAGGACUCCAUAAAAGAGUUUAAGUUCAAGCCCUUCCAUUAAUGAACUGUGCAAGCAUAGGCAGUUACAAAAGGGCUCCAUCCCACAGUUUACCCAUCUCUAAAAUGGGAAUAUUCAUACUUUACCUAUUUCACAGGAUUGUUGUGAGGAAAGUAGCAUAACUGCAAAAGUGCUUUGGACAGUAAAAAGCUAUACAAGUAAAAGGCAUUGUUUGUAUGAGUGAGAAAGACAUUUUUGAGGGUAGAAAAGUUAUUCCACUUUAAAAAUCAAUAGCCAAGUCUCAUACCUUUUGUUACUUUAUUAAGUAAAAAUUUCAGGCAUUAAAUACCUUUCUUAGCCAUGUUUAUAACAAAAACAUAUUCCAGUAUACUUAUUAUUUAAGUGUGAUCUCUUAUUUUAAAAGAACACUGCUAUAGAAUACUUUACAUACCAAAUUCCCUGAAAGCUAAAAUAUUGUUCCAUAACUUACACUUGAAGCAAUCUGCUCAAUGUGUAACCACAUUUUAUAAAAAUAACUUACCAUUGAUAAUCUGGAAGGUGGAGUACUUGUAAGUAGCUGGUGUUUAUUGAUUAAACCAUGGAAGUUUUAAUGAUACUCAAGCAUGUUGCUGAAACUGAUGCAUUUGAAAGAGCUGUUGAAAUAAUGCAAAACUGGUUUCAUAAGAAUCUACUCAUGUUUUAAAAGUAUGUAACUCCGCAGACCACAUUUAUAGAAAGCUCAGUAAUGCUGCUAAUGACAUUUGUAAACUAUACCUAUAAUGUAGUGCAAUAUUUUUAUAUUUCACUGGGAGAGGCAGUAGGGACAUCAUAGUUGUACUUUAGUGCAAGCAGGGGAACACUCUGAAUAGCCUAGAGUAUAGUAAGGUAAAAAGCUUCAAUGAAAAAAAGCUGUAUAUUACAUUACUGAUGUAAUCUUGCUGCCAUGCUAUGUAUCAAUAGCUAAAAAAUAAUAAAGAUAAGACUACCACAGAAAACAAGAAUAUCCUCAUUUGAUGACAUCUUAAAAAAGGGUGAUUGCUGCAUCUCUAUGGAAUUAUCUUCUGCUAUAAUUUGGCCAUGCAGAAAAGCAUAAAAGUCCACUUUUGCUAAACAAAAUUGCUAUUUGGCAGACUGCCCCAAAACAUUUUUUUAAACUAUUGUUUUCUUAUGGAUUGAGUUUAUGGAUUUUCUUUGGCUAUGUAUUACUAAUUAGACAUUAAAAUAGGUUUUCUACAUUUUUAUUAGUUGAAGGAAUGGGUUAGACAAACUGACUGACAUUAUACCAUUAUUAGCAUCAUAAUAGGCUAUAUUUCUUCAUGUUAAGCCUUAUAUUCAACAUCAGAACUACUUGAAAUAUGUGGCUAUUUUGUGAUGCUGGGAGGAGAAAAUACAACCUAAAAAUUUUGAAGGAGUACUGUCACGUUCUAAAUGUAUAGCUGAAUUUUUUGAAAGCAUUUGGAAAUAUUUGGCUCUUACUAAUAAUAGAUAAUAAAAUCUUAAGUCCCCUAAAAGUGAGUAAAUUUUAAAUACAUACUUUUAAAAAUAUUGUCCUAAUUUCAGAAUUGAAGUAACAGCUUUUCUUACGCGGUGGGGGGUGGGGGGGCACAGGGAAGAAAGGAGAGGUUCCCCCUAAUUCCUUUUGGGCCAUAGAUCCCCUUUUAAGAUCUGAUUAAACAUAUGGACUUUCACCCCAGGAAGAUACCCAUGUGUGCACACCAUUCAAAAUGUAUCUGAUUUUAAAGGUUUUAUGGAACUCCCCAGGGAUUAUGUCAAAUGGCUGGAUAUUACAGCUAUUUUCAUCAGAUAUGGUUAUUUAUUGACAACCAUCAGGACAAUGUUUAUAGAUGCAAGGAUAACUUGUUUUUUCCCCCACACACACUGAAUGUGGCUAGUUACAUGUCUCAAUUUAAAAUAAAUUGUGGAAAGUCAAAAAAAAAAAGUACGGUCAAGCUAACCUCAAGUUGCUUUUACCUGAUACCUACAAGCACAGUAGAAUAGUAUUUAAUUAGCUAUCCACAGUCAAAAUACCUUUAUCUUUUAGUCCAACAAUAUUUGGUUUAUAAAGGAAUACAAAUAGGCACAGUACAUGGUUCAGAAGAUUUAUUAAGUAAACUUGCUAAAACAUGGACAGAUGCACUUAGCCAAACAGUUGAAUAUUCAUUGCUACCUCAUUAAGGUUUUUAUAUCUGUAUUACCAGGUACAAACAUAAAAACCACCUCUGUUCAAAAAAUAAGUGUUCAGAGAGCUGUAGUUUGUUUUGGUACGUACAUUUUUAAAAACACCUCUUUAGUCUUGCUAACCAAGAGUAUUAGUCAUAUAAAAGAACUUAUAAUUGUUUUUCCCAAGUACAACAUAUCAUUGCUCCCAAAACAGUUCUGAAGGUUUUAUUUAUAUUUUAUCUUAUCCCAAGGGAUCAAUAGCAGGCAUACCUUUGCCAGGCAUUCUUGCAGAAAGACACAGAGCCUUAAAGGUGAAAAUAAAAUCGUAAUAAAGUAUACAGUAUUAGGGUCAGGGAGAACCAAAAACCCUCAAAGAGAACCAAUUUGUAGCACGUUCUUUUCUAAGGCUGUAGCCUGUAGAAGGAAAAAACUAGCCUGCCUUUUUAGCCAUAUGAGAGUUCCUCCAGAGCCAUCUUACAAAGUAGCAGACUUGGCCAAGUUGCCCAGUGCCAAAUAAGUGAGUUGGAAGCUUGUUUGCUUCAAACACAAUGAAACAAAGGAAAUGUUAGCUACUUUACUAGAGAAUAAGAAAGCCACAAGAUUGAGGAAUCUUUGUUCUAAAGUUCUUUGCUCCUUGAUGUCCAAGUUAACACAAACACAAUCUUAACAAAACUAAUUUUUGUUUAUGAUUACAGAACUUCAGGAUUAGCAAGUAUUAAGAGACAUUUCAUACUAUACCCAGUCAUAUCUCAUACAAAACAACAUAAAUUGACUAUGUUCACUAACAGUAUUUGCUGUUAUACUGAAAAGGCACAUCAAUGUUGUCAUGCUUAGAAAAACUACACUGCACACUAGUUAAUAUAGUUAACACAUUUUUAGAUGUUUCAUUUUUCUUUUCUGCCUGACCAUACUACUUUUACUUCUUUUAAUACAUGAUUAAAGACAUAAUUUCCUUCCUAAUCUUCAUUUAAAAUUUGUCUUCACAUUGAUGUGAAUAAUUUUCACGAGUCUAAAAAAUGUUUCAGACAACCUAAAAUAAAUAGAUCCCUAGAAAACACUUGGAUGAUCUGCAAACAGAUCAAAGAUACAGUCAGAUGUUCAAGUCAGAGCAGCUGUUACUAGCCUGUUGUUUCUUUUUCUAAAACUUGAAGUAGAUGGCGAUGAACCUUAUCAUGUUUAAACAACCUUGACAGUAUAAGGUACAUAUACCCUCAAUUUUCUUUCAUCUAGUCAAGUAUGCAUCUUUCCCAACUUUUAGUUCAUAACAGUACGUUUGGUUGCUUUUCUCUGCUUUCAGAAUGUUUACUAUUUUUCCCUUAUUGGCUUUAAUGUUUGCUGCCAACAACAUAACAUGUAGACAUAUAAUUUAUAACUCUCUCUUUCUAGGUAGGUGAUUACAUAGCAAACUAAUGCCAGCUAAGAUUUAUGGAUCCAAAAGAUAACUGACACAAGUUCUUGUCCUCUACACCUGAGAUAACGAGCUCUUUAACUCAUAAAUGUAUUGAUAGUAACUACAAGUUAAAUAACACUCAUUGUCACUAUAUAACAUGCUGUCUUACUUGAUUCUGUUGUUCAGACUUCAUUCUAGUUUCUCUUGUUGGAAGAGUCUCAGAGAUAAUAUGUGCUUUAAUUUUAAACACUCAUUUCAAAUAUUCAGAAAAAAAAGAUUUUGCCCAAGUGUUUGUUAAUGUAAGUUAAAAAAAAAUUAUAUUUGGUUUGGAUUCAAAUAUUUAUAGAUUUACACAAUACCUAUUUCAUCAAAAUAUAUUGUAUGGUAUUUAAUAAAAUCAAAUACAUAAAA